CGUAGAGAGGCGCCUUAAAAAGACUCGGCCGCUUCCACCUUAGUUGUCUUAACUUUUGCCUGAGAAGAAUGUACCACCAUGGUACUUAUUUUUGUCAUUUUCCCCCACCAGCGGUUGAGACCAGAAGUGGACAUCUGUCAGAAAGACUUCCCUAGAAGGUUGAGUGUUUUUAGGCGCAUCAGGCAUUCAUUCGGGCAGCUAGACUCUCAGGGGGUCCUUCACUCUUAGCUCUGCUGGUUUCGCACGACGGGCAGAAGCGGCUGCCAAUGAGCUCCGCCGAGUAGCAGAGGGGGCAGGGCUAGCCCUUAAAGGAGCCGCGACCCGUUAGCAGACCGAGGGUGACCCGGAUGAUGGCGGCCGGCGCGGCCCUAGCCUUAGCCCUGUGGCUACUACUGCCGCCAGCGGGGGUGGGAGGGGCAGGGCCCCCGCCGAUCCAGGACGGCGAGUUCACGUUCCUGCUGCCUGCGGGGAGGAAGCAGUGUUUCUACCAGUCCGCGCCGGCCAACGCCAGCCUCGAGACCGAGUACCAGGUGAUCGGAGGAGCCGGGCUGGACGUGGAUUUCACGCUGGAGAGCCCUCAGGGCGUGCUGCUGGUCAGCGAGUCCCGCAAGGCAGACGGGGUGCACACGGUGGAGCCCACGGAGGCCGGGGACUACAGGCUGUGCUUUGACAACUCCUUCAGCACCAUCUCGGAGAAGCUGGUGUUCUUCGAGCUCAUCUUUGACAGCCUGCAGGACGAUGAGGAGGUGGAGGGCUGGGCAGAGGCCGUGGAGCCCGAGGAGAUGCUGGACGUCAAGAUGGAGGACAUCAAGGAGUCCAUCGAGACCAUGAGGACCCGGCUGGAGCGCAGCAUCCAGAUGCUGACGCUGCUGCGGGCCUUCGAGGCGCGUGACCGCAACCUGCAGGAGGGCAACCUGGAGCGGGUCAACUUCUGGUCGGCCGUGAACGUGGCCGUGCUGCUGCUGGUGGCCGUGCUGCAGGUCUGCACGCUCAAGCGCUUCUUCCAGGACAAGCGCCCUGUGCCUACGUAGCCCCCGCCCCGGAAGGACGACCAGGAGACAGGAGGGGAGCGGGUGCACGCGUGUGAGAUUUGGGGUCCCUUCCCCAACUUAGUCUCCCAUGGGCCAGGAGGCUCUGUGGUCUGGGCGUGGAGGGGGCCCCCUGGCAGGCCUGGCCCUCCGGGAGGGGGCUCAGCGGCUGCGUCUGUGUUCCUGGAGAUGGUGCGUGGGGGCUCCGCCGCGUUGGAACGGACCCCGUGGAUCUGCCGGCCCUGCCCCUGUCCCCUCCUGAAUGUGCCUUAGCCCGAGUCUUCAAGGGGCACCGGCCCUGCUCGGUGCGGGACAGGCCUAGGAGGCAAAUGCCCUUCCCCUACCGGCCCUGGCUGCUUCUGGGCCCCGCGCCUUCCUUCCUCUCUGGUGGCUGCUGCCUGGGCGCCUGCUCGUGCCAGGGGCUGGCAAGAAGAUGCGGCCGAAGUGUUCUCGCCAGGAUGGUUGCUUUAUUCACAGGAAGGGCCCGGGUCCCUCGGCCCAGCGGAGGGCAAACUGGGUGUGAGGUCAGACCACCUGGCCCUCCCACCCUCCAGCAGGGGCCCCAGACAGGGCUGAGGGGUGGCCGGCCAAAACCUGCACAGGGCUCAUGGAACAGAGGGCGGUCUGGCCUGGGCACCGGAGUCAAUAAAUUAUGGUCAAAAAAU